UUUCCCCAAGCUUCUACCAGUACCUGGUUGGUAAAGUGAAGACCAUUGAGGCCCCAAUUGAGGAUAUACCUGAUACUGAAGUCAGGAAUGUUCUCCUUGAGAUUAAGAAUGCUAGAACAUUGGAGGAAACUCGUGGAACUCGCAGAUAAGCACUCCAGCAUGCUUCAGACAGCAGGAUGCUAUCGAUGCCUGAGGACACUGGGGGAUAAGGAAAAAGUUGUGGAUGGUUACAUCCAGUGGUACUUCACCUACCGCAACCAUGUUUCCUUCCAGAGGUUCAAGGAUGGCCUGGCUACCCUCAACUUUUUCAACGCUCUGGAACAGCAUCCCUCCAUUUUCCUGCCCUACAUGUGUUACAGAGCGGAAGACCUGACAGCUGAGAGUGUAGAGUCACUGUUCCGUCCACAAUUGAGCCCAACUGGUAGCUCAAAUCGCCAUGAGGAGGAGAGAGUGCUUGGCUACUGGCUGGACUACUUAAUCGCUGUAAAAGAGGACGGGUCAGGGAUGUCUCUGGAGGAUAUUCUAAUGUUUGCAACAGGCCUGAAAGAAAUCCCAGCAGCAAAAUUAAUACCACAGCCUCAACUCACAUUCCAGAAACACUCAAGGUUUCCUGAGGCUAAUGUCUGCGCUAACACAAUAAAACUCCCGAUCUUACCCUCAUAUGAAAUCUUUGAGGAAGCCAUGAAUUAUGGAAUCAAGAACGCCCCUGGAUUUGGGCUCCAUUGAGGUGUCAAUCAGAAAUUAACAUUCGUGGCAAAUUUGCAUUACUGUUGUUACUGUUUGCAUUGCACUUUACUGUUUGUACUGUUACAUUGUUUACAGAAAUCCAAUUUUUUUUUUAUAAGAGAAGUUGCACGUUUCUCUAUUUGGAAACUUUUUGUGGCAGAUUUGCAUUGCUCUUACUGUUCGCACUUUACUGUUUGUCAGUACUGUCACAGUUUAAAUAAAUAAAAUCAUUUAUAUAAGAAAAUGUAAGUUUGUCUAUUCUGAAACAUUUUGCAAGGGCCGUCAGAAUGAAGUUUAUUUGUUGUUCCAUAAAUUGGUCAUGAAAUGUUACCGAUCUAACAUGAAAGUCACCUUUAGCUUCAGCAUACCGUAUUAAUCAACACUAGGUUAACCCCAAAAACAUACAUUGUGAUGGUUUAAAAAGUAAGGGAAAGUCAUUGCAAUCGAUUAAUAUCUUUGCUUUUAAUUUAACCAUCUGUCAAACAUUAAAGGUGUCCAUAUCAGUACACCACACUGGAGGCAAUGCUGUCUGAAAGAAAAU